UGCAGCUCAGCUGUUGUCUGAGAGUGAUCUGUGCGCUUGCGGUGUUGUGUUUUAGUCGAUUUUCUCGUAGAGCAUAUCGUUUUCGUGGUAUGUUGACACGCGAAUUUUCAAACAAUAGCCUAAGUGAAACUCCUAUCCACAAGAAAAUGGAUUCAAACAGAAAUCAUCUCCGCAGAAUUGCCAGUCACAAAGACACUGAGUUCUCCAACCAAAGCGUCAUGAAGGCGAUAGAAACAUUUGUCGAGGCCGUGCAAGAAAUGGACCAAACCAUUCUGGUGCCUUCUCGUCUGAUGGACAUGCAGGUCGGAGACGGAAGCGACGUUUGCAAACUUCAGGUGGCUCGGAGAAGCGACUGUGAGCCCGUCGACAAGACAAAUCUGCACAGCCUGUACAACUUGGUCAACUGUGUGAAGAAAGAGCUGCUGUGGAGUUCUACGGAGUCGCGGCAAGACGAGGAGGCCAGAGAGGCUCUGAGAGUGCAGCCGUACACGGUGACUCCCUCACACAAGGGUCACAUUCGCCGGCCGUCCACUGCUAGCAUGGCCUCCACCAACUCUACAGCCUCCACACUGAGCGACACCGACUCUGAGGCCGGUCUGGAGAACGACUCCGGAGUGGAAGGCGAGACGGAGUCCACCAAACCAACCUACACCCAGACGGUCGAGGACAGCUUCAGACGACACCUUUACGGACUGCAGCGUUGUCUAGAACAGAUGACCGAGGCCGCAGGCUACCUGACGAAGCGGUACCAGAAUGAGCUCGAUGGCACGGUUUGAUAGUGUUUUGUGAUGUGACUAUAUUUAUGGGUUGCGCUGCUGAAGGGAAAUAGAGGUUGCCAGUCUGCGAUUGCUCAUCAAAAUGUAGCCGAAUGGUGUUCUCGACCCCUUCGAGUUAAUCAUGAAUGAUUUUGUUUGGUAGCGCGGUUGAAAAUGCAGUUGUUAUGCUGAAAAGUAAGUAAGAAACGUAUGUUGGAUUGUGUGCCUUGUUAAAAGUUGACCAAACUGUUUAGUUUUUACUUUUAACAUUGCACACUUAACUAGGUAUUUUUAAAAUUCUUCAAUAUAACUUGGACACAAAACUUUAUUUUCAAACCGUCUAAGGAAUUUCACUUGUUUUUUUACCCUAGACAAUUUUAUUUGCAAUGCUCAGUGCAAUGUUAUUGCUGCUGUUGAACAAGUAUUGUUGAUAGUUAAAAUUUAAAGUUUAAAUCAAUAGUUAUUUCAGUGUUAAAGAUAGGUUGUUUUACGAUCCUCUUGGGAUGUAUGAAUGGUAGUACUACUUAUUUUUCAGCACUUAUUUGUAAUGAGUACUGUAGAUUACUUUUAAUGUGAUACCUCUACAUUUUGUAGAACAAUCUAUUUAUUUUUCUUGAACUCAAAGAGUUAGUUUGUGAGCAAGAAAAUACUGUUGUAAUACUUAAAUUAUUACUUAGUUUAGGGAGACAUACACUCAGAAGUCUUUUUAGACCCACAGACCUAAGGUCUAGCAACAUUUCUGUCAUUUUAUUUUCAGCUUAUACAAGUCCUAGUCAUAGAUUACAUUUCAGUUUUAUACUGUUCUUUUAUACAGACAAUUUUUAUGAAUUAGUUAAGCAACUUAAUUUAUUUAUAUAAAAGAUGUCAAAAGUAUAUUAUAAACCAGACAUGUAUCAAGGUACAAAUUUUAAAAUUUUCAAACCGAUGUGUGAUAGAAAAAUUACCUUAAAUUUUUGUAAUAAAGAGAAUUGUAAAUACAAUACUGUAUAUAUUAUUUUAUAUUAUAGUAAUUAAUUUAAAGAAAAAAAUCAAAAACGACAAAAAUAUACCAGCAGGUUACUCCAGAGUUUUUGAGACAAAUGUUUAAACAUUCCGGAUUUUUCCUACUUUAAGUUCCUUUUAACUUAUUUUGAUUUUAUUUUUGUGUUUUUAAUAUUUGUCAAUUUUUAUGCUAUGAUUCAGUAGAAUAUUUGAGCAGUUUUGUUUUUACAGAAAGUGUUAGGCUAAGUAAUUAGGCCUAAUUAUAAAAUGAUCAUAUAAAUCAAUGUGCCAAAAUACCAAAUUUUCAUUGGAAAUUUUUGAAACGUAUUAUUUCAAAGAAAUAAAUACACUAUUCCAUCUGCUAUAUAAAAUUUAUUUUACUGUAAUUUUUGACGUUAAGCCAUAGGUAUCCUAAAAACUGUUUAUUCAAGGGUCAAGUGUUAUGUUGAAGGUUUUAAUUUAAUGUGAUUUAUUACAUUAUGUCUUUCCUUGGUGCAAUGUGUUCUCAAACAGCUGGCUAUUUUAAAAUCGAGUUUAAGCAUAGCCUCCUCUAAUACAGGGCCGCGGCCAUGGUAAUAAAAUAAAUGACACAAGUGUAAACAUAAACAUUGCCCAUAUGUUUCAUAAUAAAGUAAUGCAACAGCUGUUUUGGUUUGACGGGACAAUGCUGUUGCCACUUUUGUCUCGCCACGACCUUGUAUUAGAGGAGAUUAUGGUUUAAGUAAUGAACUGUGAUAUGUUGGGACUUGGAUUAGACUAAUUUUCUAAAGUGUAAACUUACCACUUAUAAAGAGGCUUGGAGUACCAAGAUGCUAUAAAAUGUUGUUGGGUUUUCUGAAGUAUAUUUUAUCGUAAUAUUUUGUUUAAUGUGACAUUAUAUCUCAUUUUAUGUGGUUUUGUUACAUGUCAUUUGUGGUCAGAUUAAUUUAACAUUUUUCAUCUCAUUUGAUCUGAGUUUCUAGUAUUACACGUUUUAAACAAGAUUACUUAUAAAAUCUGAAAAAUUAUAAACCAGUUUUAUUGUACAUAAAAUUUGUUUCUUGUAUAACUUGUCUGAUAUUGUAAUACAUCUGUGGCAUGAAGAAGAGAUAAAUAAAAAUAUUAUAUAUCAAAUA